UAAAACUCUACCAUAUAUUCCAUCGCCAAUGUUGUCUUUUUAUAAUUAAAAUUCUACAAAUUCAAUAAUUCCACGUCAUAAUACAAAUUUACGCCGCUCACCAUCAUAAAUAGGUAUGUAAAAGCAUAAAUGUUUUAGUCUCUAUGUAAAAAUAUCUAAUAUCACAAUGACUAUAGAUAUUUUUGUCAGCCGUCAAACAGAUAAAAAUGGUCUUUUUGUUUCUUUGAUUAUGUUUUUCAACCUAGACAAUGUAUUGAAUUUAGUAUAGGAAACUGAUUUUUCAUUCACCAGGUAAAUCAUAAUUGACCAACGUGAAAUUAGAGGUAGAAUGAUUUAAGAAAAAGUAAUCUGAAUCAUGGUAUAUAAUUCGAAAAGGACAAAAGAAAAUGAACAAAUAAAUAUAGAAAAUAAUUGCAUUGAGAAUGGCCUCUCGCAGAUGUUUAUUAUAUAUAGAGAUCCCUUCAACAACUCUGAAUCAUUAUCAAAAUAAGAACGAGCUCGGCUUGUUUCUCCGACGGUUCCAUAAUAUAAAUCUUUCUUUGUUGCUAAAGCCAUAAUAUAAACUUUCUUGAACAAAAGAAAAAAACGUCAAUAACGUUCUUUUGUGGUGUUGUUAGAGUUCUUGUGAAUGUCUGGAACGAAUCCAUCGACGUCGCCGGAGUUAGAAGGAACUGAAACCGUUCCUUUUCGCCGGAGAUUGGUAACGGCUCAAAGAGGUCAAAGAGUUUUCGCUCCAAAGCUACUGGAGGCUCUUCGUAGAUCAAGAAGAAGUUCAGAAGCUCCGGCGAGCCAUAUUAGUCGGAGAUGGGGAGAUACGGAGGCGCAGAAGGUUUAUUCCUUACAGCUCUACGACGCUCUCCAGCGACCGCGGCGGAGCACAACGGUCCGAGACACGGCCGACAAAGUGCUAGCGGCUACAGCUCGUGGUACGACUCGGUGGAGCCGAGCCAUAUUGGUCAGUCGACUCGGGAGGAGUCUGCGGCGACACAAGAAUACAAAGCCGGCGUCGGCGGUCAGGGGAGGUGGAGGUGGGAAGAGGAAGUUGUCGGUGGUGGGAAAUCGGGUCCGAGUGUUGGGUGGUUUGGUGCCAGGUUGCCGGAGAACGGCGUUGCCGGAGCUUUUGGACGAGACGGCUGAUUACAUAGCGGCGUUGGAAAUGCAAGUCCGAGCCAUGACAGCUCUAUCGAAAAUUCUGUCUGAGUUUCAGCCGUCCCAUAAACUUGGCUCUGCCUAAUAGCCGAGUGCAUGAGCCGAUGGUGUGUAAUAGUAUUUGUUUUGAUUAUUUUUCUACGAAUUUAUUAUCCGAAUGCCUCAUUAUUUAUCAAUUGUUUGCCAUUGAAACAAAAGUCAAAAUUAAUUACCAAUUGGACGAAAAUAUUGCUUAUUUUUGUUGUUGUUUUAAGUGUUUUGGUGUUAUUUCAUAAGUUUGAGCGGUAAAUUUAUUCUUGAAAUUUCAAGAUAUGUUUUA